AUGUCGCCUGCAGAUUCGCCCAACGCGUCCCCCGAUGCCGUGAAACGUUCCCGCUAUACCCUUCGACAGCUCCAUCUACUUCGCCAGGGCUCGACAGCCACGCCGCUCCGCGCGAUAGCUCACAUCGACCUUGAUGCAUUCUAUGCGCAAUGCGAGAUGGUUCGUCUGGGGACGGACCGCGAUACUCCACUCGCAGUUCGCCAGUGGGACUCUUUGAUCGCUGUCAAUUAUGCUGCUCGACCGUAUGGCAUCACUCGCAUGGUGACAACUGCUGAGGCCCGCAAAUUGUGCCCGAAUAUCGUCUUGCAACAUGUCGCGACAUUUCGUGAGGGUGAAGGUGGUCGAUGGGCUUACCGUGAUGACUCCUUCAAGAAUAUCCGAACCGACAAAGUCUCACUGGAUCCGUAUCGCGCAGAAUCUCGAAAGAUUCUCAAGACGAUGAAGGACGAGUUAGAGCGAUGGUCUGCCGACAGUGUGGAUGAGGAAGUAAUAUCACUGACACAGGGUCUAUCCGCCUCCCUGGAGAAAGCAAGCAUCGAUGAAGUGUUCAUUGAUAUGUCGCCCUUGAUUUACCGCGUCUUGCUACAAAAGUACCCUGAGCUACGACAAAAAUCGCAAGACGAUAAUCGAGACGCCGACCUUCCGCCACCUCCAACAACAGCUAUUCCAUGGCAUACUGGAGAUUCUCUCAUCGAGCUGGAUAAACAUGAGAGGGAAGAGGAUGAUCCAGAUUGGGAUGAUGUCGUGAUGCAAAUUGCGGCCGAGAUCGUUCGAUCGGUGCGCACUGCCGUAUGGAACCAGUUGCAUUAUACCUGCUCCGCUGGUGUCGCGCGAAAUAAGAUGCUUGCCAAGCUUGGCAGUGCCUGUAAUAAACCAAAUGCACAAACAAUUGUACGAAAUCGUGCUAUUCAGUUCUUCUUGAACGGCUACAAAUUCACACAGAUUCGGAUGCUUGGUGGCAAAUUGGGCGAGCAAAUCACCUCGGAUUUCGGUACUGAGCAAGUGAGCGAACUGCUUAGCAUUCCCUAUGAGCAAUUACGCGCAAAACUUGAUGACCACACGGCCAACUGGCUCUACGGAGUCAUUCGUGGCGAGGAUCGGAGUGAAGUCAAUCCUCGAACACAAAUCAAGUCCAUGUUAUCGGCCAAGUCUUUUCGUCCAAGUAUCAACUCCGUUGAACAGGCAGAAAAAUGGCUGCAUAUUUUUGCAGCGGAUAUCUAUGGCAGAUUAGUGGAGGAUGGCGUGCUUGAAAAUAGACGCCGUCCCCGGGUCAUUACUUUGCAUCACCGGGUCGCGCAAUCUCGAUCUCGCCAAAUUCCAAUCCCGGGGUCGAGUAAGAUUGACGAAGACUUGCUUUUUGAUCUUGCGAAGAACUUGCUUCGACAAGUCGUUGCAGAAGGACAAGCGUGGCCUUGUUCGAACCUAUCCUUAAGUGUGAGCAGCUUCGAGGAUGGCGUGAGCAAGAAUAAAGCAAUCGAAGGGUUUCUGUCCUCCCGGCAGAGAAAAAAAAGGAGGAUCGACGAUGGCGGGAUCAAACGCUUUUUUACUCACUCCCCCUUCCCGGAUGAUUCGAAUUCGGCACCUGCCGGCAACGAGAGUCCUCCGCCAGCAGAUCAGGACUCAUCCAAUACACCUUUAGGCGAUUUUGAGCCUACAUUACUGCAAAAUACCUGUGAUCGUUGUUCGAAAGUUAUACCAGAGUAUGAACGGGAAGAACAUGACGACUGGCAUUUCGCGAAAGAUCUGGAGCUUCAAGACCGACAGGAAGCGAUGUCUGCACAACAGCAGUCACAGCAACAAACCCCCCCCAAAUAG